AUGCUGCCAAAUAACGAAGUUCGCGUUCCCCCUCCGCGGGCUGCGCAGUCGGUCCCGCGCGACAUUACCGCCGAGUUCACAGAGGCCGCUUCGAAACUACGCACUGGUCAGCUCGUUAAGGAUGAAUACUUCACGUUGUUCGAGAGCGUGGGCGCACUAGAGAUCAUGGACCCAAAAAUGGACAGUGGAUACAUUGCACCCGGCGAGAGCCAUGCGCAGGCGCUAGAGGACGAUUACGACGUGCGGCAAGACUUGACACCGGAGCAGGUUGUAGGCUUGAUGGAUCAGCUGCUGUGCCAUGAGAUGGCUUGGCAUAUGGGCCACCCUCUGUCACAAACGCUAUUUACAUCCAUCUACCUCGACAGAUUGCUGUGGCCAGUGCCGAGGACCAUAGAGGAUGCCCGAUUUGAUCGAGUACCAAGUGACUCGCCUCUUAUCAGCGUUGUACUCCGGGCAUACUGCCUUGGAUUGAUCAAGGCUUGUGACUUUGUUCAUGCUCGGAUUGUGACAGAGUACUUCUAUGAGGAGGAGGACUUUGUCAGUCAACUGUACAACCGUAAUCUGCUAUCUCUUUUCGAUUCGUCACACUUCUAUCGCCUGCUGGACCAGGCGGUGGCUUGGCUUGAUGAUGAAAAGGAAAUGAACAAAGAUAUCCGGGACGCAAUUCGAUGCAGAUUACUUUUCCGACGCGAGUUUCUAUGCGCGUUAGACGGUGAUCUCGAGGUCCUGGAUACCAGGUCAACCGACAAUUUCUCAUCAUGCUUGUCCCAUCUGGCAGCGUUGACCGAGUCCGUGUCUCUGGGCAAGGCAGUGCCCGAGGCGUUCAGUAUGAAGAUUCAACGAAAACUCGCCAGCACUGUGCCACCUCGCCCGAUUGUCAAUAUCAGCACCACUGUUGCGCUUACCCAUUUGCAGCGGCUCUGCCAAGAUGCCAUCGAUCUGCAGCAGAUGCUAGAUUACACAGGGCCGACCAACUUCAAGACUGCCGUGUGGACCCUAUUAGCCCGAAAGCCCCAGCCCUCGGUCUACAUCCGAUCACUGCUUCAGGCCCUGAUCGUUUGUGAAAUGACCAUUCUAGGAGCGGUCUCUGUCAAACAAUUUCUUUAUGACGACCUUGCAGAGCUCGUAUUACCCGCAAACUUGUUGCUUGAAGCGAACACCGACGAUGUGGAAUUGCCGACGGACCCUCGCUUCCAAAUUGCCCAACAGAUGAAUGCUUUCGUGAGGCGUUUCGCCCAGCCGUUUGUUGACACAGUCCGAUCUGCUUGUCUGAAUCGAUGCCGUGUUCGUCGAACGCUUUGCCACACCGUUGAAAAUUGGGACGGCUUGCAAAUGGAGGCCGAGGAUAUUGAUCUCCAAAUUCAGCCUCUGACCAGAGAGCCAGGCUUCUCCGGCAAAUCCUCCAAAUGGGAUUCGAGCUCUCAAUGUAUCCCCCGGGAAGAACUCCCCGGCAUGUACUGGUACCUGUCUCACAUCUGCUCCGCGCAUCUCGGUCACAUUGAUCGAAUCCGAACAUUCACCGUGGCUGCUCGAAAGCACGAUCUUGUGAUGACCAACAAUCGCGGGAGCAAUGCCGCCGAGAAAUCCGCCGCUUUCCAUAAAUCAUUUCAAAUCCUGGAGCGUUUGACCACUCAACUUAUUGCGGUCGAUGCAUUUGCGAUCGCACUCCACUCCCUGUAUGCUCUACUGGCCCGGCACAAGAUCCUGCCGUCUACCUCGAGUCCGGAGGCAUACUCCAGCGAUAAACUUCGCUAUGAGCUCCGAAUGAAACCCUUCAUCCCGAUCUCAUUACCGGAGCUGGUUCCCUUUGAGGAGUAUCAGCGUGAAGCUACCUUAGAAGGCGACACCGAUGCGACCGUCCUCGAUCGGGCCUCAAAAGCAAUUACUGAGGCACGUAAAGCGUGGGAAGCGACGCUUGCCCACGGUGCUUUCAUUGAGGAUCCCACGGCACCUACCUCAAGACCCCCAACUGCCAUUGAGGAGGACUGGAAGCGUGAUAUUAAGGAUACUAUGCGUGCUUGCAUCGGGGCGAGCAUUGCUAUUGAAACGGUGAAAAAAACCAUCACGGGCGACUCUUCGAACGGAGAAGCUGCAGGUGACGAUCCCAGAGAUCGGCUCCAAGACUCAUUGGCAUGA